AUGUGUCCGACUACCACACAAUGUACAACAUCAUGUCAGACGGUUGCUGGUAAUUCGAACAACACUGCCGGAAGUAGUAUAUCAGCUUUGAAUUUGCCCCAGAAAAUCUACAUUGAUUCAUUGUCGAAUCUAUAUGUAUCAGACAGUACCAAUCAACGUGUUAUAAAAUUUAGUUAUGGAUCAACCACAAAUGGUCAAAUUAUUCUAGGCACCACCGGUGUACCAGGUUCGAAUUUAUCAUUAUUAGAUUAUCCGACCGGUCUUCAGCUGGAUUCGAAUGGCAAUUUACUAGUUGUAGAUGCAAAUAAUCAUCGUGUUAUAAAAUUAUUUACAAAUGGAACAGUUACAGUUGUUGCUGGUAUAUCUGGACAGAGCAGUUCAAGUCUAAAUCACUUGAGAAAUCCAAACGAUCUAUAUAUUACAGCAGAUAAUACACUGUAUGUAUCUGAUCAGAAUAAUAACAGAGUUCUUCGAUUUGCACCGAACAGUACCGGUGGGGAUAAUGGAAUCAUUGUUGCGUCUGGCCUAAAUGAUCCAAGAGCUGUCUAUGUAGAUACGAAUUUGAAUCUCUAUGUUGCUGAUACUAAUUCACAUGUAAUUCGUCAAUUUACACGUACAAAUGCGACAUACAACGUUUUAGUAGCUGGAAAUACAACUGCUGGUAGCAGUACAAGUCUGUUAAAUUUACCUCGCGCUGUAACGUUGGAUGAAACUACAACUCCAGAUACGAUGUAUAUUGCCGAUACCGGGAAUAAUCGUAUCCUAACAUGGGUUAUCGGUGCCACGUCAGGAACUGUCUUUGCCGGUACUAGCAGUCCUGGACCGUGUACAUCAUUAAAUAAUCCUUUCGAUGUGAAAUUGGAUUUAACAAAGUCUAAGGUUUAUAUUGCUGAUUAUAAUAAUAAUCGAGUAAUGCGAUCAAAUGGUAUGUACUAUUUUCUACUAUAUAAUAUGAAUUCUUUGAGAAUUAAUCGAGUUGAUUAA